AUGCUUGAGGCGAUGGCUUAUCAUGCUGUUGGUUACGGUGGAGACACCGGCAGGCGCUACACAGUCUCUGCUAUCUGUGCAUGUCGCCACGGGGGCACUCCAGAUAAUGUCGAAAAUCAUAUUCUGUCUCAACUUCGAGAUCUUGCCACUACCUGGCUAUCGCAUUUGCUCUUCAUGGUCAAAGUCAACGGUUCGCAUACCAAGCGGCACGACGACACGCCGUCUGUCAUUGCGACACCUACUCUGGACGAUACUACUACCGAGUUGACACAAGGAGCUUCAAAUUCACGAUCGGAGAAAUUCAAGUUGCAACGUGACGGCUACCGGUGCGUUGUUUCCGGCGCGCCUGACAUCACUUUUCCCGACUACCCAGAGGACCGCAUACACGAAGUCGUCUUCACUCAAGCGUGCCACAUCAUCCGCCGCGCAGUCGCCGAAUUUGAUCCUCCUGAGUCAGCAAAUAAGGAAUCGCAGUACCUCUCCGCGCUCACGACGUUCGACAUUUUGCGGAACUACGCCUCUGUCCCAAUUGCCAACAUCGCGGACUUUCACGAGGCCCUCGACGAUCCGUCGAACGGAAUCACGAUGAACUUUGCCGCUCAUCGAGGGUUUGAUACUUUUGCGUGGUGCCUGAAGGCAACAGAGGUUCCGAACAAAUAUAACGUAGUCUACUAUCGUGGCCCUCAUGGCCUGCACGGGAAGCCAAGCGAAAUCGCGUUCAGCGACCAUAGUGCUGAGUUUUGA